UAUACAUUAUAUAUUAAACAAUUAACGGAGGAAUUAAACAUGCAAAGUAGUCUGUCUUAACAGCUACCUUUUAAAUUUCAAGUGAAAACAUAAUUUGCAUUAAUAAGCUCGCAAAGUGCUUCAUUAAAUAAAGCUCAUUUAAGUUUGAAUUGCUAAUGGCUUAGUUUUGUGUUCGAAUCAAUAAUGGCAUUGCUCAGUAAUUACCCAUAAUCUCUUUGUCAAUUAACGCUUCAGUCCAAAAAAAGAACUCAUUACACACGAUAGUGAUUUGUCAAGAGGAUUACAACCUGUGUACAACUGAGCUGCUUGUAAUUAUAAAACGGCAACAUAUAUUUCAUACAAAAUAUGCUACAAAUAACUUUAUUCCGUGAGCAGUCGUUACAAUAUAAUGUUUAGCCAGUUCGCUGUCAUAAUUAUCUGCAUAAUUGCCUGUUUCAAUCAUAUCAAGGCCGAUAAGGUAACAUUGUGUAAAACAGGACUUUAAAGUUCAAGGCUCUAAAGUUAUAUUUUUUUGUAGUCCAACUUUGACAUGGUCUUCACGAACUGCACCUGCAGCAGUGAGGAUCCCGAUGGGAUCCUAUCGCACUUGAAAUGUGGCUUGAGCAAAAGCGUGAAAAGGCCAUCCUUCAAUAUUGAGCUGAAAUUCCAAAAGCCGGUGGCCAAGUUUUUUGUUAAUAUGCGAAUUGUUUUACCUAGACGACUUGGCGAAGACUUUACGCUGUUCAAUCUCACCGGUAUCGAUGGUUGCAGUCUGCUGUCGAACAAGAACCAGAUCGCCUUCAUCCAACUGGGCCGCAAGCACAUGGAUCGAUUCAGUAAUGUGCCCAAGCGAUGUCCUUGGCCCAAGGAUGUCAACUACUAUGUCCGUGGAUUUCGCUCAGAUAUGUCUGCCAUGCCGGCUUUUAAUUUUGAAUCUGGAAUGAAUCUGUGGUUUGAGUUCGUUGUAAAUCAACAGAAACUCAUACGCGGAUUUAUACAAGGCAGAGUGCAACGCCGAAGGAAUUCCAAAGGCAUUGCGGCUGGCGAAUAAUCGAUUAUUAUUCAAUGAUCAACGUUUUUGUGCAGCUCAAAAUGUUCGUUAAAUUAAAGUUUCCGUUUUUAUAACGAUCAGUAAAACAGUUUUAUAAGUAAUCCAAAGCUCUGUUAAUAUUCCUAAUUUCCGUAUUUGAAUAAUUACUUGCACUCAAACUUUUUGAAUCAGCGCUUUCCACGAAUUUGACUCGCCGUGUAAUUCAUGUGGGCAGGUGGCAAAUGGGAUGAAUAAAAUCGGGGCAAUUGAGUUACGUUCUGAGUUC